AUGGAGUUUGGCGAAGAAGGACUACUACAAGAGCCGGUGAGCCCCGGCUCUCAAUUCAUCAAUAGCUCUGUCUUAUCUCUUUCAAUUCUUGCCGUUUUGGAAUUUCAAGUUCCCAUCGACGAUUUACAAACCAUUUCACUUCUGAAAAAUGUCUUCCUGCCCAUCAAUCCACGCUUCUCUUCCAUCAUGGUUGAAGGUGUAGAUAAACAGAAUAAGCAGUGGAAGAGGGUCACAGUGAAGCUGGAAGACCAUGUACGUGCCCCCAUUUUCCCCGCUGGAAUGUCACUUGAAUCAUAUGACACUUGCUUUAACGAGUACAUGACGCAGAUAGCAUCAGAAACAUUCCCACAAAGCAAGCCAUUAUGGGAACUUCAUCUUUUCCAGUACCCAACAAGUCACGCAGCUGGACAAAUAAUAUUCAAGAUCCACCAUGCUCUUGGCGACGGCUACUCUCUCAUGGGAGCUCUUCUCUCUCGUCUCCAAAAUGCUCAAAAUCCAUCUCUUCCCUUGACAUUUCCUUCAUUAAAGGGUGCAAACAAUGAAGCUACUAGUCGAUCUCGUGUGUUUGAGUUUGUGCCUAAGAUAUUUUCUGCCGUUUUCAACAGUGCGUGGGAUUUCAGUUGGGGCAUUUUGAAGAGCACUUGGGUUGAAGAUGACCGAACACCAAUAAGGUCCGGCGUCGAUGGAGUUGAGUUUCGGCCAUUGUCCGUGUCCACCUUGAUUCUGUCGAUUGAGGAAAUUAAACUUGUCAAGAGCAAUCUCGGAGUGGCUGGGUGA